AUGACGUUGGCAACAGAAUUCGCUGAAACCACCAAGAGGUCGGCAACCAAUGCUGAACUCAGAAAACGUGUGAUUCACUUGUACCGGAAAUAUAUGAGAUAUUCCAAGGAAAUGAGUGACAUUUACGAGUUGGAUAUGCCUGUGUCCAACGUCAAGACCAAGAUUAGACAAGAGUUUGAAAGACAGAGAUAUGUCAACGAUUUGGGAGUGGCCAACGUGUUGUACAUGAAGGGGCAAAUGGAGUUUCAGGAGUUGAACAAUUUCUGGAAACAACAGUGUCAUGUUUUGAGAUACUUUGAUGACCAGACCGAGCCUGGCAAGAUUGACAAAAAUGACUUCGUCACGAACUUCUUGAGAGGAAACAACUAG